AUGCUCAAUGAAACCCGCAGACUCAUCCACCCAUUGCACUCCGCCGUUCAGAACUUCCCCGUUACCGCGGCCGGCGUGACCGCGACAUGCAUGGAGGAACUCAGGAAAAAAGUCAAGGAAACAGUGAAUUACAUGGAAUACCAGCGUGGGCCGCACAAGGUUCAGUAUUCGGAAUUCGACCUGACGCCGCUGCCGACGUUUACGUACGCGCACGCCAGGGGGUGUGUUCACUCUGACGAGCCGCGUGUGGUGCUCAAGUCCAAGGCAGAUGUGCGUCGCAUGGACGACUUCGAGAGGGCCAGGCUGGCGAUGAUUGACGAGCUCCUGGAGUUUGGGGUUGAUCAUGACUUGAACGCCCACCCGGACGGCGAGAGUACGGCCAGUGUAAGGGACGGGCGGUCAACUUCUAGCGUCGACGAGGACGAAGUCUUCGCUGGGACGGACAAAGGAUCACCACCGUCCAAGUUCCUCAGCUCGGCCGUAAGCACAACUUCAAAUUCGAAGGAAGCAGCAGAAGAGGAAGAAGAACGGUGGAUGGCUCGCGCUAGAGAGAACGAAGCGCGGUCGUGGCUCCGAGACAUGAAGAAGCGGUUGGAAGAAUGUCUGGCCACCAGCUCCCUCGCCAAGGGUAUCUACUUCAAGCGCUGUAAUCGUCAAUGGGUCAGUGCGUUAGGCGGUGUUCUUCCGCCCCACAGUCAGGAGGUCGGGGCACGUGCAGAGACAAAGACCAAGACUGAUGCAGCGCCACCACUCCGACAGUGUCACGACAAGGACGACGGGGAUGUAAAGUCCGCAUUGAGCACCACAUUCACGGCCUUGACAUUGAACACGACGACCAACACGGCAUACACAAGCGACCUCACGACAUCGACAACAACAUCGACAAACGCCACGUCCGUGUCUCGUGGCACGACUCCUAGCGUCGUCGUCGAUCGGAAUGCCAAGUCCCCCACCAGCUACGCUCUUCACACCGACAGCGACAUCUACCGCGACAUCAACACCAUUUUCGCCAGCUACGCCUUCGCGGUAACCGACCCUGAAAUCCUCCUCGAUCUGGCCGAAGACAUUGCAUCACAGACUGGAGUCGAAAAUUCCUUGUCAUUGCCGCUUCCCAGUUUUGUCGCCGAUCUGUGGCGCCGCCACAACCCUGCGUGCUCCCCACCGUUCGAAUACCGCACAAGCAUGCUCAUGGCGAGGGAAGAGUUGGUGCGCAUCGGGCAGGUCAGCGUGAACGACCUGGCCCUGACGAGUUGGGGGUAUAAUCGGCUCGUGAGGAAGCAGGCCAAAGCCCACGAGGAAGAGAUGAAGGCGAAGGCAAACGGCGGUGUCGGUGUCAGUGGAGAUGGGGCUCAAGCGGCGUAA